AUGGCAAACCUUAUAGACCUUACACCAGACGUCGAUUUAAAGAAGCUAGUUGAAGAACAUAAAAACUCAGCAAUAGUUCUCAAUUUCUGGGCUGAAUGGGCUAAAGCAUGCGAACAAAUGAAUGAGGUCUUUGCAGAACUUGCGAAGAAAUAUACAACACUCAAGUUCAUUAAGAUUGAAGCCGAAAAAUUCCCUGAUAUUUCUGAGUCUUUUGAAAUCGCAGCAGUGCCGGCAUUUAUAAUUCUCAAGAACGGAAAAAUUUCUGAUCGUGUUGAUGGAGCUAACGCACCUGAGUUGACGGCCACAGUUUCCAAAUACGCCAAGACUAAUACUGAUUUCACAAUAAAAUAUUCCGAUCAGUCAAAAACAACUCGUAAAGUUGAUUUGAAUACAUACUUAAAAGAAUUGAUCAAUUCUUCUCCAGUGAUGGCGUUUAUUAAGGGUACACCAAGUCAACCUCGAUGUGGGUUUUCAAGGAAAAUUAUCGAAAUCCUUAACGAUCAUAAAGUGAAAUUUGGUUCAUUCGAUAUUUUGACUGAUGAAGAAGUUAGACAAGGCCUGAAGGAAUAUUCAAAAUGGCCCACCUAUCCACAGGUAUAUAUUAACGGAGAAUUAAUUGGUGGAUUAGAUGUUGUUAAAGAAAUGAUUGAUAAUGGGGAAUUUCAAAGCAUGAUUUCAGAUGUUGCUAAUG